CGAAAAGGAUGCCAACUGCCAAUAAACACCAAAGAAGAAGAAGAAUGCACGUUUGGUGACAGUUGGAUAAAAUGUAUACAUUCUCGUGUUUUAACGUUAAACGAUUGAUUUGAUAUUUAUUAAGAUUAGGUAAACAGUGAGUAUCCUGGCGAUGCACUACCCCUCCAUGUUCAUACUACAAAGCGAAAGUAGCUUCUUAUAACUUAGAUAAAGACUGUUUUCUAGCUAACUAAGUUGAUAAUAUUUUUGAGAAGAUCUUAAAAUCAUGGCAGCGGAAAAUACAGCUUGCUCAGAGUUUAUGGACUUGGAACUUGACACCUCUACAUGUAAUGGACUGAAACAAGAGCGACAACUUUCUGCCUCUCAAAGAAGGUGCUACAGUUUAUGCAGGAGGAAGUCAUUUGCUGCCUUUGUGGCGUCCAAGCAUAAAGACAGUCAGGAGGGAGGGAGCACAUUGUGGUGCUGCUGUGGCCAGACCUUCAAGGAACACUCUGCUGUUCACAAACAUGUGGCACACACUCAUGAUACUGAAAUACAGCAGAUCACAUGUGCCACAUAUGAGCGUUUGUUAAGCCAGCUGGAGGAAGAACCUGAAACACGGCAGACGAAUGAGUGUGAGGCCGAGCCGGUGGACAUUUCUGCAUGGAUACCUGAAACUAGUCACAUCUCUGAGGAACAACUUCAACGGGGUCCCGGUAAGGUUCUACUGUAUUAUCGCUACUGUCAGGUUGAGGAUCCACAUGUCAUCUGUGCCUGGCAGAAAGCUUUGUGUGAGAAGCUCCAUUUGACUGGAAAGGUGAGAGUGGGGACUGAAGGCAUCAAUGGAACAGUCGGUGGCACCAACACAGCCACUGAUGUUUACAUCAACGCAAUGUGUUCACACCCUCUCUUCAACAUGGAUAAGGAGGAUUUUAAGACAAGUGAUGGGGGCACAGACUGUUUUAGAGACCUAAGGGUCGGGGUCUAUAAGGAAAUUGUCCCAAUGGGAAUGGAUCCUGAUGCUGUUUCCUACCAACUGGCAGGAGUUCAUUUGGAGCCGGAGGACUUUCAUAAAGAAGUGGAGACUCUGUUGGCUAAAGGGGACGUGUGCAAUGACACCAUUCUGCUGGACUGCCGCAAUUUUUAUGAGAGCAGAAUUGGCCAGUUCACUCAGUGUCUGGCCCCAAGCAUCCGUAAAUUCAGCUACUUUCCGGACUACGUUGACCAGAACCUCGAACUGUUCAGAGACAAGAAGGUGUUGAUGUACUGCACAGGAGGGAUCCGCUGUGAGCGCGGCUCUGCAUACCUCCGCUCCAAAGAUGUGUGUAAAGAGGUUUACCAGCUGAAAGGUGGAAUCCACAAGUAUCUGGAGCAAUUCCCAGAAGGUUUCUAUCGAGGGAAACUUUUUGUGUUUGAUGAACGCUACGCCAUCUCCUCCAACAAUGACAUCAUCUCUGACUGCAGGUACUGCGGCUCUCCCUGGGACCAGUACGAGCUCUGCUCCACCAGGUUCUGCUGUCAGCUGGUUCUGUCCUGUCUCGGCUGCAGACAGGACGGACACACCGCCUGCUGCCCCACCUGCCAAACCAAAGGACAGACUCAGAGUGAGGCAUCCCCCGCUGCUUCACAUCACAAAGAGGAGUGCGAGUGCACUGAUGGACGUCCCAGAAUCCCUCAGGAUGUGAAGCGAUGAAGAAAUACUGCCUGCUGAGGGAUACGUAUCAAAAUGAAUAACUAGAAUAUGUGGAAGAUGCCGAAUGUAUUUUAAAGUAAUGAUUAUGUUUUAUAUGAAUGUUGGGAAUUAAGUCAGAUUAACUGUUUCUAACUAGUUUUAUUGGGAAUACAGUCAUCCAUGAAUCACAUAUUAGAUGAUGGAUUGAUUGAUUGAUUGAUUCAUUCAUUCAUUAUCCUUUACUGCUUAUCCGCAUUCUGGUCGCGGGGGACUGGAGCUGAUUCCAGCUAAAAUUGGGCAAGAGGCGGGGUACACCCUGGACAGGUCUACAUUAGAUAAUAAAUCAGUUUAUUCAUCUUUUAUUGAGAGAAUGAUAGAAUAUAUCUGUGACUUUUAUUACAUGUAUUUUGUGAAACUGGAAAAACUCACUAAUGAAAGCUCAGCUCCAAGAGACGUGAGCUUAUUUUCUGAGUGUGUGUGCGUGCGUGCGUGCGUGUGUCUGUUUUUUAUCUUCUUCUUUUUUUUUUUAUUUGUGCUUUUGCAAUUAUUUAUAUGAAUUACAUGUUACCUGUUUUAUUUUCCCAAAAUUGGCAUAGUAUCUCAGACCAUUUUAAAUGUAAGUAAUUUGAAGUUAUGCUGCAUAAAAAAUGGAAAUACAGAUAGACCAAAAACACAGUUUAUCACAUAAUUGUCUUGUGCUCUAAAACCAUGUUAUCUCUGGUCAGAACAGGUUACUGAGCCUGCAGGUGUCUUUUAAACACUUUAAAAACCACAAGCAGCAUCACAUCUGUGUGUAAAGAAUUCACCUCUGCAGACAUGAGUAAAAACACAUAUCAAUUUGAAACCAUAUAAAUGCAGUUCUCGUGUAAUAAUAGGUGUACUGUUAGCUCUUAAUUAAGCAGGUCGAAGCCUAAGGGAUUUAAACAUAAUUUUACUGCUGUUUUACAUCAAGGUACAAAGAAAUGAAAGUAUUCUGAUAGUCCAAACUGACAUUAGCUGAAGUCCGGUCUUAUUUGGUAGAGACAUAUGUAAUCCAUUUUUGCCAAUUUUCAAUAAAUACCUCUUUUUGUGUUCUUAAA